AUGAAAAUCCUUACACUAAAUGCAGUUUUAUUAUUUUAUAUUUGCAAAAAUGUAGUUGCAGAUUUACCCAUUCACGCCACGAUUGGUGAUAUGGUUGGACGCUGGAAAUUUGACCUGAGCAAAGAAGUCGAAGGAGAAAAUGUAAAUUGUGGUUCUACCCUUCCAAACACUUUGGAGGGUGACCUUAAUCUUGGGGACUAUAAGAAGCUGAUGACCGGUGAUUACGGGCUUGGAACCACGCUUGAUUUGGAACUCACACUUGAUAAAAUAGACUACAAAAACGUUACCAACGCUAAAAACAGAGAUAAUUGGAUAUCUUUAGCUGUUAAAUCACACGGUUAUGUAGUGGGUCAUUGGACUUCUAUUUACGAUCAAGGAUUUCGGAUAACUUUAAACGAUGGUCUCGAUCUAUUGGUUUAUCUUUAUUUUGAAAAAAUCGAGGAAAAUAAGUAUAUCACAAAUCCAAACAAGACCCUAAUUGGCUGGGCUUCAAAGAGAUAUGGAAACAAGUUUACCCACUACUGUUGCUAUGGUGAGAAGAAAAACGCUGGUGAAACUAACGUUUUUAACACUGUGGAUACAACUGAAAAUGGUUACGAACGUUUUGCCAGGGACUUGAUCAGGGUGGUUAAUGGUAAAAAGACCAUUCAUCCAGUCACGAACAAGGGUUGGAGUGAGUAUAAUCGCAAUUACUUUUGUACCUGUUCCAGUGAGAGUAUAGAGAGUGGCGAUUCAAAUUUACCCAAAAACUUUACUUGGGACAGAUUUGACAAUAUUAAAGUUGUUAACCAAAAAACAUGUGGAGGUUGUUAUACUAUAGCUUCCCUCUAUGUUCUUCAUGCUAGAUUUUUAAUUCGAAUUCGAGAGUUGUUAAAAAAACCUGAGUAUAAAUCAGACGCGAGGCUUUUACAUUUAGAAAAGGUUUUGAGUGAUAAGAACUUCAACAUUAACCUCUCACUUAGCUGUAUUCCCUAUAACCAGGGCUGUAAAGGUGGAUUUCCAGUCAAUGUUGGCAAAUUUGCAGAGGAGUUUGGCCUAAUUUUGGACAAUGAAAAGCCUGAGGAAGUCGUCGAUAAUCUGAAAUGUCCACCCAAAGAGGAGAAUUUCAGGCUAUUUGCAAGUAAUGUGGGUUAUGUUGGUGGCUGUUACGAGUGCACUCGCUGCUCAGGUGAAACUUUGAUCAUGAAUGAGAUUAUGCUAAAUGGGCCUGUAGUUGCGGGAAUUGAUGGAGAACACAUUAAACAUUUCAAGGAAGCGGUGAUUAACCCUUCUGAAGAGGACCUCAAAAAACACCGCGGACUGUGUGAAUUUAAUGAAAAAUUUUUGAGUGGAAUGGAGUUUACAACUCAUGCAGUAGCUUUGAUUGGUUGGGGUGAAACUGACGAAGGCUUUAAAUAUUGGGUUGCCAGAAACAGUUGGGGCAAAGAUUGGGGAGACAAUGGCUUUUUCAAAAUUGUAAGAGGCAUAAACGCAUUUGGAAUUGAAUCUGAAGCUGUGGUUUUAGAUCCAGAUAUCGAAAAAGCUCUCAAAAAUACCACUGAACAACCCAUCAACACACAUGAACUUGCACAACCCCUCUUAUAA